UCGGGUGCGGGAGAGGGCGAUCUUCAACGAAGAAUGGAGUUUGUAUUGAAUGGGUUGGAACCAAGAACAGAAUACAAUAUCAGUGUGUCUGCCGUCAGAGAAGGUCCCGGCGGAGAAGGACCAAGAAGUCCACUUGUGACUGUUACGACUACAACCCUCGAAAGUCGGCACCUGUGGGAAACUAGUGCUGUUUGGAUGGUUUUAUUGGUGAUAUCAUUCUUGGGGAACAUCAUACUUGCUAUUGCCGUGGGGAUUGUAUGCAAGCGAAAACAGAAGAAAGAAGACCUGUCUCGUUUACAUGCCGUCACAUCAGCAGGCGAUCCACAGAGCCCUCAUUACGAGCUACCCCAACCAAGUGUAGUCACGCAACAUGCCUACCAGGACCUCAAAGGAACGGGGAUCAGCAACAUCAAAGAAGAGUUUUACACUGACACCGAUGAUCCAGAGAUAUUGAAAUACGUCAAUAUGUAAUCUGGACUCCAAAAGUACUGAUUCAGGACUAUAUGUCGACGACACGCGUGGUAUUUGACUCGCAAUGAAGUGCCAUCGUACAAGGAGUGGAUGAAAAGUUGGUAUCUCACUGCGAAGUGACAGCUCGCGACUUGUAUAAAUAUUGAUUUGAUCUGCUCGCACA